AUGGAGUACAAUGAGCUAGACGAGCGAAUGUACGGUGAAAUGCAUAGGGCAGACUGGUGGUGGGAGAUGCAGAAUACUCUGCCAGAGGGAUCAACAGUGGUACCAGUGAUUUGCGCAUCAGAUGGAACGCACCUAACGAAUUUCAGUGGUGACAAGAAGGCCUGGCCUGUUUACUUAACGAUUGGAAAUAUCACUUCAGAAAUACGCAAUAAACCCUCCAGUUUUGCAUUCAUACUCCUGGCUCUUUUACCGGUUCCACGGAAAUUGGGAGUACGUGCAAAUGAACAGCAUCGAGAGAACCAGAUGGCUCUUCACAAAGUUUUGGGAGAGAUUUUGAAAGGCCUUCGGGGCCCUGCACAAAACGGUGAGCUUAUAGCGUGCGCUGAUGGCUACGAUCGCCUGUGUUUCCCUAUACUAUGUGCCUGGGUUGCCGAUCAGCCAGAACACGCCACGCUACAAAAUAUCAACAAUCAUGCCUGCCCACGAUGUGAGGUUGAUUUCAAAGGCUUGGGAAGCCUUCACGAAAGCCCGCCAUGGAUUCAGGAGCGAUAUGUUGAGAUCGUAAAGGAAUAUAAGGAUAAUAGGUCUAACGCAGCACCCGUGGAAUACCUUGUAUCAAAGUCUUUAAAGACCCUCUACAAUGCCUUUUGGGCCUUGCCGAGGACCAGCGCCUAUGAUCUCCACAAGCCCGACAUACUACACAAUAUCUACCUGGGACCAUUGAGACACAUGAUGGAGUGGGUUCAGGGGUUUCUUAAGAAACACAAUCGAAUAGAGGAGUUUGAUCGAGCUUGGUCCUCCAUCGGGCCUUAUCUAGGGCUCGCUGUGCCCAACAAAGCGUAUCGAGCAACUACACAGUGGCAGGGUAAAGAAAUGCGACAUCUUGGCCGGAUAGUUUUGGGAGCCUUUGCGGUGGCUUUACAAGCCCCUCCAAUGGCGGCACGGAAAGACUUUAGUAGAGCUUUGCGGUGUGUACGAGCGUUGAUUGACUUCCACCUCAUGGCACUGUAUACAACUCAUACAAAGGAGACUCUAGAGUAUCUCCAAAGCUAUCGCGAAAACUUCCACAAGUAUAAAGAUGUAUUUCUCGAAUUCCGGGCCUAUAAACGAACGAGGAAGGACGCCAAGGAUCGAACAAAAGUACUUCAAGGCUCCGGAAGCCUUGAGAGAGGCCUAGAAGAGGUUCAAGAGAUUCGGGAGGGGUCCCAUUUUAAUUUCAUUAAGAUGAAUCUACUAUCACACUUUAGAGAGCAUGUGGAGCGAUUCGGAAAUAUACCCAUGUUUUCAACGGAUGUCAGUGAGUUGGCUCAUCGGCGGCAAAUUAAGAUGGCCUACACUGAUUCGAAUGAGGUAGAUGCCACGGUCCAGAUUCUUGAUUACCACCCAAAGCGUAUGGUGAUGGAGAUGAGAGUGUUGAACUUGAAACAUAUUGUUUUCUCCCUGCCCGAGCAUUAUGAGGGCCUGCCGAGCCAUCGAGAAAGCUUGAGAGACCUAUUGGAGAUUUUCAAAAAUGAAGACCAACAAAGAGGAGGCAGUGAGCGAUUGCUGGACGGAGAUGCACCACAGAAAUCUAAGAUGACGACGCCGGACAAUUCGGCGACCCGGUUAUCUGAUAUCGCAGACAUUAUCAAGAUGAACAGGACUACACUUGCCAGGGCUGUAUCGGAAUAUGGUCAGGGACUACAACGGGAAGAAGGAGGGUUAUUGAGCCUUCUUGACUACCCAGUGAGGUAUUUCAAAUGCCUGCAGGUGCCAGUAUCAGUGUUCCAAAAGAGUGAUAGCUAUGAGAUACAUAACAUACGAUGCACUGGAGAGGCUUUGUUCAGGAAAAGGGCAGUUCGGAAUGAUUGGGCUUGGAUUAAGGUAGCUACUACGGACCCCUGGGGAGCAUUUCAGGGACGUUUACCAGGGCACUUAAAGGCAAUAUUCAGACUACGUGAUAUCUUUACUAGAAAGACAUAUCAACUUUGCUUGGUUGAGCUGCUGGAGGCAAGGGACAGGGGCCUUCCUGAAGGCUCGCAUGGACUUCUAAGAGUCGCGAGGCGCUCCCGGCAAAGAUUUUGGAUAAUUAAUACUCGUAGCGUCUUGGGAAUGGCACAUUUAUUCGAAUUGGGGCAGGGACAAUGGCUGGUAAACACUAGAGUAGAUUUAAGAACUUGGAACGAAUUCCAUAUAUAA